AUGGCGCAAGCGCCGUUAAAGCCUUUGAUUGCCGUUGUGGGUGCGACUGGCACAGGCAAAUCAGAUCUAGCGGUGGAGAUUGCACGGAAAUUCAAUGGCGAGAUUAUCAAUGGAGAUGCAAUGCAGUUGUACCGGGGCUUGCCAAUUAUCACCAACAAGAUUACUCCAGAUGAAGCGAAAGGCGUGCCUCAUCACCUCCUGGGCUCCAUCGGUCUGGAAGAAGAGACAUGGACUGUAGGAAAGUUUGUUGGCGAGGCUAUGAACAUAAUUGAAGAGAUCCGAAGCCGCGGCAAAUUACCUGUCCUGGUCGGCGGAACCCAUUAUUACACGCAGUCGCUUUUGUUUCAAGAUGCGCUUGCUGAUGAGCCUGCAUUAAAUUUAAACGAAAACAGUGAAAAGCUACCAAUAUUGGAAGAGCCUACUGAAGUCCUCCUUGAAAAGUUGAAGGAAGUUGAUCCUAUCAUGGCAGAGCGUUGGCACCCAAACGAACGGCGUAAGAUCCAACGCUCGCUCGAGAUAUAUCUAAGGACAGGACGACCAGCGUCUGAGCUGUACAAUGAACAGCGACUUAAACGCCAGUCUUCCCCAUCUUCGCUGGAUGCUCCACAAUCCAUUAGUAGCCCAAGUCUUCGCUUUGAGACUUUGGUGUUUUGGGUACAUGCUGAUAAAGACGUUCUACACCGUCGCCUUAAUGGACGUGUCGAUAAGAUGUUAAACAAAGGUCUACUCUCAGAAGUUCAGGAGUUAAGUAGUUUUGGCCAGCAGUAUGAAGCCAAGACCGGUAUUAGCGUGGAUCAAACUCGUGGUAUAUGGGUAUCAAUAGGCUACAAGGAGUUCUUGGAAUAUCAGCAUGCGUUGGAAGAUCAAUCAAUGCCACCACAAGAGCUUGAGAAACUAAAAGUAGCCGCCAUCGAGAAGACACAAGCAGCUACACGCCAAUAUGCCAAUCGUCAGAUCAAAUGGGUUCGCAUCAAGUUGCUCAACGCACUGCUCGGCUCGGGACAGAAGAGCAAUACCUUCUUGGUCGAUGGAUCCGACAUCUCGAAGUGGGAUACUGAUGUUGCGCAGCCUGCAACCACCAUCACCAAGCAGUUCCUUGCGGGUGAGGUUCUUCCGGCGCCAUCAUCACUUUCGCCUACUGCGGCAGAGAUGCUUACACCAAAACGGGAAUACGAUCUCGGGCAAAGACCAGAUCUUUGGCAAAAGAAAGUUUGCGAGACGUGUGGAACAGUUGCUGUUACCGAAAACGACUGGACAUUACAUGUCAAGAGCCGUGCACACCGUCGAGCAGUGGGAGCAAAGAAGAAGCAAGAGAACACACAGGGCGGGUUAAAGAAAGCUGUAAAAGCUGCCCAGGCCGAUGUGGUUGAUGUUCUAGAGAGCUACCUGGAGAGCUUUCCGGAUGAGAAGAACUUGGAGUAA